AUGGCGGAAACAGAGGCGCGUGCCACAUUGGUUAUGGAAUUAAUACGAUAUAUAGAGGAGGUAACGAUGAUUUUACAACAAAGUGGUUCUCACAGCAGUGAUUUUAUACAGUUUAGGCUUGACUGGUUGUUCAGUGUUGUCAUUCAAUAUGUAUAUCAAUUACCUUUUGGUGAAUCGGUGUUACAGCUUAUUCAAUCUGCCAAAGACAUGGUCCAUUGCCAAGACAUCGAACGUCCUAUAUUUUAUGAGUCUCAUUUGUCAAUUAUUGGACGGUGUGGUAGGCCUCACCUUCAUAUUUUCCGCGAAGAAUUAGAAUUUUUUAUGGAUUUGCAUUUUACAGGAGGUGAAAUUGCUUCUUUAAUGGGCGUUAGUGAAAGCACAGUGAGAAGAAGGGUUAGAGAGUACGAUUUGCAAUUCAACCGAUCUUAUUCUGAAUUGAGCGAUGAAAACUUAGAUCAAAUAGUGAGCCAAUUUAUUCAUGAAUUUCCCAACUGUGGUUAUAGGAGAAUGACUGGAAUACUAUUAAGUUAUGGAUAUCCCCUGCAACAGAACCGCAUAAGGGAGAGCAUGCGCAGAGUUGAUCGAAGUGGGGUAUGUUUAAGGGCUCUUGAAAUUAGAACAAUACAUCGUAGAAGAUACCAGGUUCCUGGGCCACUUGCUUUAUGGCACAUCGACGGGAAUCACAAGUUAAUAAAGUUUGGACUUUGGUACUGGUUAUUUGAUGUUUACAAAUAUUAAUUUGCUAUUUGUAGGUGCACUAUAACAGUCUAAUAUCAUGGAUCUAGGUCAAACCUGGGUGGGUGGUAACAUUGUACUAAGCUCUAUAUACUGUAAUCUGAAAGUAAAUAAUAUGCAGCUACAGGGACGUGCUGGCUAGGGACGAGCGAACGAGAACUUCUUGGGGGCCCCUGCCAUUAUGGGCCCCUAAAAUUAAAACAUUGUAAAAGAUAAAAAAUAUAGAUUUUAAUUUUGAAAAUGAAGAUUAAAAUAUUACAAUUUAUAGUUUUAAAAAUCUAAAUUUACGAAAAUAUUACCGAAAAAUGUAACAAAUUACGAUACAUUAAUUCAAAAGUUACUGCAAAAUGGUAAUUCAGGAAAUUUCUCCCCCCCUCCCUCGCCAACAAUUUUUGGGGAAAAAGAUCAAUUAGCGACUGAAAUGUUUCAUGUUUGAUCAGUAAUACCCCCACCCCAAUUUGGAUCCAUCUGUUACUGUGUCUGGGCCCCAUCAGACGUUGUUCAUUCGUCGUCCUUUUCAAGACCCCAGCACGUCCCUGGACAGCUAUAAAAAUAUGGUGCAAAUGUGGUUUGAACAUAUGUAUUUGCUAAUUAAUUCGUUCCUCGGCUUCAAACACUCUAAUUUCAUCGUCAGUAAUUUUGUUAAGUAUACAAUAGUACUUAUUAUCUUGAAUUAUGAAAGCUACUAAAAUUUUACAAGUUAUACAUACAGGUGUGAUAUGAGACAAUCUUAUCUGUCAACAAAUUUUAAUUAAAGAUAAGUUGCUUGUGAUGUUACUCUGAGUGUAUAUCCGCACCGGUCAUGCUUGAAAAAUAUGCCUGUCCACGGUGGGAAUCGAACCUACAACCUUUGGACAUACUCGAACCGACCUGACCGCGUAGCUCAGUUAGCAGAGCAUUGGGCCUAAUGCUCAGUUGGCAGAGCAUUGGGCCUAAACUAGCCCAAUGCUCUGCCAACUGAGCUAUGCGGUCAGGUCGGUUUGAGUAUGUCCAAAGGUCAUUGGUUCGAUUCCCACCGUGGACAGGCAUAUUUUUCAACCUUGCCCGGUGUGGAUAUACACUCAGAGUAACAUCACAAGCAUCAUAUUCACAUGAGUACAUUACACCAACACAGAAAAAUCAUAAAGAUAAGUUAUUGCACUUUUUUAAAACAUGUUAAUGCUCAAAAAUAUAAUCUUUCCUUUUUUCCUUAGAUGGCGAUUAGUAAUUCAUGGUGGCAUCGACAGUUAUUCUUGUAUGAUUGUCUUUUUGCGUUGUAGCACUGAUAACUGUGCCACAACAGUCCUCCGAUAUUUCUUAACUGCUGUUGACGAGUUUGGGUUGCCAUCUAGAGUCCGAUCGGACAAGGGUGGGGAAAAUGUAGACGUUGCUAGGCAUAUGUUGAGCCACCCACUACGUGGUGUAGGGAGAGGAAGCCACAUCGCUGGUAGAAGCGUGCACAACCAGCGCAUUGAACGUUUAUGGCGCGACAUGUUUUCAGGUUGCAUCUACAUGUUUUAUUACUUGUUUCUGGAUAUGGAACAAUGUGGGAUACUGGAUCCCUCUAAUGAAGUGCAUAUAUUUGCUCUACAUUACGUCUAUGUACCCCGAAUCAACCGCAAUUUGCAAAUCUUCUCUGGCAGACACAAUAGAGCUCCGUUAAGCACUGAAAGAGGCAAAUCACCUUUACAACUCUGGAUUCAUGGAUCCAUAAUGAACAGGAACAGAGGGAUUGAAGAAUUGUGGAGUCAGGUUUGUUUAAUAACAUAAUAUUCUUACUAGAUUAAUCUCAUCAGUUAAAAGUCUGGAGAUAGACAGUCGAAUACAAUACGAAACUGUAGGCGCAUUCGGGCUCAUUUCCACACGGUAUGUUAACAAGUAUAGGCUAGUCAAGACAUGGUUUGCAAUAUUGCUCAAUUUUAGUGCCUUGCUUCGAGCGUUUCACACACGCAUGAUAUUAGCAGAUUAUCCUCUGACGAAUAAAAUUGUAUGGAGGCAGACAGUAAAGUAUAAAAGUAUAAGCGCUUUUCCAGCUGAUGUGUUAACAAGAGACUUCAAUGAUCUGGUUUCUUGCACCUCACUUGGUGGUAUUAAUAUUAGAAUGCUGUUGUUAGGGUUUGUAAUCCAAGUGAGUGUAUAUACAUUUUAACCCUGACCAGGAACGACUGCGAAAAAUGCAGCACAAGGUUCUCUGGUUGGAAUUGAACCUACGAUUCGCAGGGCCAUAGGAUCAAUUUGUGCCAGAGGACCUUGUGCUGCAUUUUUCGCAUUCGUUCCUGGUCAGCUCUUAAAAUGUAUAUAUACUCACUUGGAUUACAAACCCUAACAACAGCAUUCUAAUGUUAACAAGAGACACUGACAGCUCUUUAACUCAAGACAUUUAAUUUAGGUUUAAUCACAAUUAACUACUAUAAUUAUCGUUUCAGGAAGAUGAAUACGACUAUGGGGUGGAUUGGGAUGGACCUCCACCAAGCGAACCACAUGAUGACAGGUUAAGCAUGAUUGCACAAGUUGAAAUACCGUUUACAAAUAAUCCCUUGAGCAUUGCAAAUAACAAUUAUUAA